AUGGAGAACAAGUCACGCGUCAGUCAAACGCCGAAACGGCCGGCCGAUUAUCCUGGGACUGACCCAUCCCGGGAUGUUGUGCUGUUAAUAUUGUGGAUCACCAUCACAUUUCUCAUCUUUCUGCUCUUCCAUUACGCUUCAACUGAGGAUGCCUCCGCAAGAAAUAGACGUGAGCAAAUCGUUGCAAGUCACGCUGCAGUUGCUGCAGAUGACGGCCGAUGUUCGAAGAUUGGGGCAGAUGUUCUCUGGAGAGGAGGCCAUGCCGUCGACGCAGCGGUAGAUGCUUCCCUUUGCUUGGGUGUUGUUAGCCCAGGUUCAAGUGGUAUAGGUGGAGGAUCUUUCAUGCUAAUCAGAGAAGCUAAUGGAAAAACACAAGCAUUCGACAUGAGGGAAACAGCUCCAAUGAAAGCCUCCGAGAACAUGUAUGCAGGCUAUGCUACUAAAAAGGCCAGGGGUGGGCUGUCUAUAGCAGUGCCAGGACAACUUGCAGGCCUUCAUAAAGCUUGGAAACAAUAUGGAAAGCUUCCAUGGAAAUUUCUGGUGAAACCUGCUGAGGAUCUUGCUCGAAAUGGGUUCAAAAUUUCUCCAUAUCUCCGCAGGCGGAUGGAAAGUUCGAAUGAAUCUAUGGAAAGUUCGAAUGAAUCUAUCUUAAAUGAUACUGGGCUUGGCCAUGUUUUCGCACCAGAAGGGAAGCUUUUGAAAGUUGGUGACAUUUGCUAUAAUAAGAAACUAGCGGAAACUCUUCACACCGUUUCACUAGAUGGGGUUCAAGCUUUCUAA